AGCGCCCCGGGGUCCGGCCCCACGCCGGCGGGAUGCUGCGGGCCUCAGCUCCCCGCCCGCGUCACACCUGCCGCCUCCCGGACCCGCAGCCCUGGCGACCGGGUGGCUCCGCGUCACCUGGAUGUCAGCAUGGCAGCCACAAACCUGGAGAACCAGCUGCACAGUGCGCAGAAGAACCUGCUCUUCCUCCAGCGGGAACAUGCCAGCACACUCAAGGGGCUGCACGCUGAGAUCCGGCGGCUGCAGCAGCACUGCACAGAUCUAACAUAUGAGCUGACACUCAAAAGUUUCGAACUGACAGGAGACGGCUCUUCCAGAACGACGGAGCUGAAGAGGCGCUGUGAAGAGCUGGAAGCCCAGCUGAAGGCCAAAGAGGAGGAAAACCGCAAGCUGCUUCAAGAACUGGAGCAGAAGAAUGCCGCCAUUGCUGUGCUGGAGAACACGGUCCGCGAGAGAGAGAAGAAGUACCUGGAGGAGCUGAAGAUGAAGAGCCACAAGCUGAGCAUGCUGUCGGGCGAGCUGGAGCAGCGCGCCAGCACCGUGGCCUACCUCACCUCACAGCUGCAUGCGGCCAAGAAGAAGUUGCUGAGCUCCAGUGGCACCUCGGAUGCCAGCCCCGCCGGCAGCCCUGCACUGGCCAGCUACAAGCCCACACCCCCCAAGGACAAGCUGCCUGAGACACCCCGCCGCCGCAUGAAGAAGAGCCUGUCAGCCCCACUGCACCCUGAGUUUGAGGAGGUCUACAGGUUUGGAGCUGAGAGCCGAAAACUCCUCCUUCGAGAGCCUGUGGAUGCCAUGCCUGACCCCACCCCAUUCCUGCUGGCCCGGGAGUCUGCUGAGGUCCAGCUCAAGGAGCGGCCUCUUGUCAUCCCUCCCAUCGCCUCAGAUCGUGGCACCAGUGGGCAGCAUAGCCCAGCCCGAGACAAGCCACACAAGACCCACAUUGGGGUGGCUCACCGCAUUCACCAUGCCACUCCAUCACAGGCCCAGCCCGAGGGAGAGACGAGGGCCGUGGACCAGGUGAAUGCAGGGAAGGUGGUGCGAAAGCACUCAGGGACAGACCGGACUGUGUGAAGCCUGCGGCCUGUCACCGCAGCCAUCCACGCACUGUGAGCGCCACAGGGAACCUCGCCCACAUCUUCCUCGCCUACCCAUGCCAAAUGUUUCCUCCUGUUGAAGCCUGGCUCCUGGCUCCAUAGUGACAGUGCUACAAUGGUGUCCCCGCUGAAGAUAUUUACUGGCACUGUGGCCAAUGCCUGCAUGCCAAUAGCUUGCUUCCAGCCCCACGCCAUGAGAUCUCGGCACACUCUUAUAUGGCCAUGGCUGAAUCACUACGCCACACAGAAUCAGAAUCGCCUGAAGUCGAAGCAAAAAUAAGGAGCUCUCUCUCUCUUUCCCUCUCUCUCUCUUUCUCUCCCUCCCCAGUUCCAGGGCACCUACGAGAGCAGAGCAGCAGCUUCUGCUUCCCCCUGGAGACUCCUGCCUUGCACAGUCCCUUUACAAGCAGCUAUGUCUCAUGAUCUUAGCAAGAUGACCUCAACCCUGAUGUCGCCCCAACCUGAAUGUGUGUUCAUAAUUUUUUUUUGUUAGUUUCAUCCAGAUGUUCAGGAUCCAACAAAUGUUAUUUUCUAAACCCGCCCUCCUUUUCCUCUGCGUCUUUUUGAAGCACCAAGGGACUGGAGGAGGUGGCUGGGGAGGACCAAGCAGGUGGGGUGGGAGUACUUGCUGCCCAGAGCUGUUGCUGAGAUGGAUGUCUGCGUUUCUGGCAGAAGCUGCAUUCCGUCCUGCCCAGGCUUCCCACUGCCUGCCUGUCUCCAGCUGGCCAGCCCAGUCUCACAGUGUAAGAGGCACAGCCAGUGGCUGUUUGUCCUGAAGCCACACACAGCCCUGGCUGAGAAGAGGUCUGGAGCUCGGGCAGGAACUGAAUGCUUGAGCCUUCAGUGCUCUUGCCAA